GAAAGCUUGCUUCCACCGCUGCCACACAACCGACCUCGUCCCGUCGCUUCCUCUACCCAUCUACAAAACGCGUUUACUUCUCCAGUUUCCAUCGCAACCACAACGAAACACCAUCAAGAGUCGGCGAAAAGCGAAUACGCUUACUGCGGCGAUGCCUCCGGUUCAGAAGACCCGUGAUGCUUUCGUGACGCGGUCAGCUGCGAAGAGAACGACCUCCGCUGCGGCUGCGCCUCCAAACCCUGCGACUUUGAUCCGCAAAGCUGCAACGACCUUCAAAUCAUUUUCUCGACUUCCGCCUGAGAUCCAAUUGAAGAUUUGGGAAAUUGCCAUUCAAGGAUAUGAAGGCCGCAUCGUUCAAAUCAAUGUCAAGAGCCUCUUGACCAAAUACUCGGAACAUGUUCGUGGUAUCCUCUACAGCUCACCAACACCCAUCCCAGGCAUGCUCCACGCUUGCUCAGAUGCUCGAGGGAUUGCCCUCAAGCGCUACCAAUUGGCUCUCUCGUCUUUUGCUUCUAAAGGCCCACGUACUUAUGUUGACUAUAAUACCGAUACCAUCUACUUUGGUGAAGGUGAGUCUCCUCACGUGGUUUGUUUCAUAUAUGCCUUAUCAUAUCCAUGUCUAUUACUCAACGCCAAGUGGCCAUGUGUAUAAUAUGUAUGGCUCUGUUAUUUUCAUCAACAACGUUGAAGGGUCAAAGACUUACAACAAGGGUCAAGUGAUUGAAGAUAUACUAAUAGUGGUUAGCCCUCCUCCUCAAGCCUCACAGCUUCGCCCUUUCGAUGCUUCUCCGCGACUUAGAUGACGAUGACAUUGCCAAGAUCCGCAAAUUAGGGAUGGCUCAAAAGCUCUGGAACUACCAGACCUUUUGUAAUCUUCACGUCCUAGUAGACUUUCCAGCUUUGGAGCAAGUCACCUUGACCAUGGAGCGACCACCAGCAGUAGGAAGAUCAGGAGUUGGAAAAUCAGCCGAAUUUGUGCGCGUCAAGAAGAACGAGGAAUUCUACACUUGUAUCUCACACCACGGUAUAAUGGACGACCCAGACGACCUAAUGGUCUGGCCUGAAGUAAGUCUACUUGCUCCCUUUACCGGUGAUUGUGACUAAUUCUUGGCAGGAGGUGGAGGAAAUAUUGACGGAUCACCUGGAGGAGCCUUAUGAGACGCAAGGCCUACUCGACAAAAUGCCCACAUUAGAGUUCAAGAUGCUUUGUGACAAGUCCAAGAGAAAGUCUCCAGCCAAGGGCAAGGGAAAGAGCAAGUGAUGGGGUGUCGAUAUGUGCUGGCACAUGCCAUGAUGCCCGAGAGGGUUAUGACUUUACGACUAUUUGCUUUGGGCGAUGAUUUGUGUUAUUCUGGAGGUGGGGCCAUUUCUUGAGUGUAUGGUUAUGCGGUAUUUUCAGAUUGUCUCGUUCACAGACAUAUGGUGGCGUUCUGGGUUUGCAUAUACCUUGGUAGAUGAUGGCGUCAAUUACAUCUGCUAUGUUCUUGCUCAUUCGGCGAAAUCGACA